GUUGAGGUGUUGAAGAGGUUCUUCGGGGUGCUAGUUUGAAACCCCUUUGCUCGACCUGCUUCAGACGCAAUUGUGAGGCUGCCUGUUUGGGAAACGCGAGUUAGGAAAGCCAAGAUUGUAUUGGAGAAGGUCUUAUUUUUCCUUAAAAAGAAGGAAAAAAGCAAAAACUGUGGGUGUUGUUGUCUUGGUGUACGCGUAAAUUUCCUCCCAGAGCGGCGUUGAAAGCUGGCAGUUGGCUUUACACUUGCCCGGCAGCCGAAUUAGAGCAACCGCCUGUUUUUUUCGCCCACGCAGGGAGUCAUAUAGCCCAGAAAAAACUUCCCGGGACUUUUAGCCUGUCCCAAGGAAAAAAAAAUUGGAAACAUACCCACAUGCAAACAGCUGGAAGAGCUAAAAUCAGAAACCACUAACCGCCACGGGAGCGCAGUGCACGAAAGGGUUUAAGUUCGGUUUAUUUCAAGACACUUCAUUUAAUAUAGCCCCUGGUAUACUGUGUAUUUGCUACCCGGCUCCUACUGCGGGGGGUUUGCCUGCCAGUGUCGCGGUGCUGCGAGGGGGCACUGGCAUUUGUCAGAGAUGUGAUUCACAUGACUGGAGCAUUGAUUUUAUUUUUAAAUCGUGUCUGUCCGGGAAACCCCAGUAUCAUCCACACCGAAGAAUCCGAGGUUCGAGAUGAAACGCUUUUGAAAUUUAGUGGCAGAAAGUACAUGACUGUCUUAUUCACCGAUUAAGACAAGAUGUGAAAUGGAGAAGUAUCUGACACCUCAGCUUCCUCCAGUUCCUAUAAUUCCAGAGCAUAAAAAGUAUAGACGAGACAGUGCCUCAGUUGUAGACCAGUUCUUCACUGACAGUGAAGGGUUACCUUACAGUAUCAACAUGAACGUCUUUCUCCCUGACAUCACUCACCUGAGAACUGGCCUCUACAAAUCCCAGAGACCGUGUGUAACACACAUCAAGACAGAACCUGUUACCAUUUUCAGCCACCAGAGCGAAACGACUGCCCCUCCUCCGGCCCCGACCCAGGCCCUCCCCGAGUUCACCAGUAUAUUCAGCUCACACCAGACCGCAGCUCCAGAGGUGAACAAUAUUUUCAUCAAACAAGAACUUCCUACACCAGAUCUUCAUCUUUCUGUCCCUUCCCAGCAGGGCCACUUGUACCAGCUACUGAACACACCGGAUUUAGAUAUGCCCAGUUCUACAAACCAGACAGCAGUAAUAGACUCUCUUAAUGUCUCUAUGUCAGCCGCCAUGGCCGGCCUUAAUACGCUCACCUCUGCUGUUCCGCAGACUGCAGUGAAACAAUUCCAGGGCAUGCCCCCUUGCACAUACACAAUGCCAAGUCAGUUUCUUCCACAACAGGCCACUUACUUUCCUCCGUCACCACCAAGCUCAGAGCCUGGAAGUCCAGAUAGACAAGCAGAGAUGCUCCAGAAUUUAACCCCACCUCCAUCCUAUGCUGCUACAAUCGCUUCUAAACUGGCAAUCCACAAUCCAAAUUUACCUGCCACCUUGCCAGUUAAUUCACAAAACAUCCAACCUGUCAGAUACAAUAGAAGGAGUAAUCCCGAUUUGGAGAAAAGACGCAUCCACUUCUGUGAUUACCCUGGCUGCACAAAAGUUUAUACAAAGUCUUCUCAUUUAAAAGCUCACCUGAGGACUCAUACUGGUGAAAAGCCGUACAAGUGCACCUGGGAUGGCUGUGACUGGAGGUUCGCGCGGUCGGAUGAGCUGACCCGCCACUACCGGAAGCACACGGGCGCCAAACCGUUCCAGUGCGCCGUGUGCAACCGCAGCUUCUCGCGCUCCGACCACCUGGCCCUGCACAUGAAGAGGCACCAGAACUGAGACCCACUGCCCGCCGGCGGUCCGUGCCUAUGCAAUUCAUACCGAGGUUCUGCAGUUAACCUGGCAAAAUUUUAACUACAAGCUUAACUAUAUAUAUAUAAAAAAAGAAAAAACAAACUGGAAAUGUAUAUUUUGUAUAUUUGAGAAAACAGGGAAUACAUUGUAUGAAUACCAAAGUGUUUGGUCAUUUUAAGAAUCUGGAAUGCUUGCUGUAAUGUGUAUGGCUUUACUCAAGCAGAUUUCAUCUCAUGACAGGCAGCCACAUCUCAACAUGAGUAGGGGGGUGAGGGGUAGGGACAGGAGGGAUGUGUUUGCAGUGUUUUUACCUAAGCACCAUCAUUUAAUGUGACAGUGUUUAGUAAACAAAUCAGUUGGCAGGCACGGGAAGGAGGAGGAAGUUUAUGUCAAGAUUUUACUUGACAUGGGGUACUUUUUUCAAUAUUAAGUAAUUCCUUGGAGGUGCCCAGUGUAUGUGGCAAUUCACAAAUAGCCAUUGAACAAAUGUGUUUCUUUUUUUUAAAUAUGAGUUGCAUAUUUUGCUAUUCGAAAUUUUGUAAAUAUACAGAUCAGCUUUAUAGGUUUAUUACAAGUUUUCUAGGAUUCUUUUGGGGAAAAAUCAUAAGUAAUUUAUUUGAAAAUAAGCAUGAAUACAUUCACAGUUAGAAUUUGUGGUUAAGAUACCUCUCAAAAAUGUUACCAAAUUCAUUUCUUUAGGGGAGAAGAAAUAAUCAUUCAAAUGAACUUAAUAAAUUUCAUUCAGUGAUUAAAAUAGGAUUGUUUGUUUUAAAUAUGGAAAGACAUUUUGUAUGAAUUGUGAACUCCAGCUUAAGAAAGAUAGUUACAAUAUACAAAAGGUAAACCUCUUACAAUAAGCUAAACAGUAUCAUUGUUAAAAAGAAGGACUUAUGAUGUGGUUUUUCACACGGCAAUGUUGAAUUUAUGAUGCAGUUUUCAUAUACCAGAAUGUUUGCUCGUGUAGUACUGUUGGUUAAAUGCCAGUUUAUGUGGAUUUUGCAUGUAAUAUACAGUGAGACACAGUAAUUUUACCUAAAUUACAGUGUAGUUUAGUUAAUCUGUUAAUACUGACUCAAUGUCUGCCUUUAAAUAUAAAUGACAUGUUGAAAACUUAAGGAAGCAAGUGCUACAUAUAUGCAAUAUAAAAUAGUCAUGUGAUGCUGAUGCUGUUAACCAAAGGGCAGAAUAAAUAAGCAAAAUGCCAAAAGGGGUCUUAAUUGAAAAUGAAAAUUUAAUUUUGUUUUUAAAAUAUUGUUUAUCUUUAUUUAUUUUGUGGUAAUAUAGUAAGUUUUUUUAGAAAGCAAUUUUCAUAACUUGAUAAAUUAUAGUUUUGUUUGUUAGAAAAGUUGCUCUUAAAACAUGUAAAUAGUUGACAAACGGUGUAAAUAAUUUUGUAAGAGGCUUCAAAUGUUUAUACGUGGAAACACAUACAUAAAAAGCAUAAAUCGGUUGCUGUUUUGCUUCUUUUUCCCUCUUAUUUUUGUAUUGUGGUCAUUUCCUAUGCAAAUAAUGGAGCAAACAGCUGUAUAGUUGUAGAAUUUUUUGAGAGAAUGAGAUGUUUAUAUAUUAACGACAAUUUUUUUUUUGGAAAAUAAAAAGUGCCUAAAAUACUCCAUGUUGUGACUUCCUUCUUCACCUGCAAUAGCAAGAACAAUUAACUAGCAAAUGCCAUUCCCAAAGCUAAUUAUGUAAAAAUAUUUAUCAGGCCAGUUAAUAAAAAACCAAUUACCAGGCAUUUUCCAUGAAUUACAUUGAACCAACACCUAUGUUUGUAAGAUAGGGAUUUAUUUAAAAUACAUAGUUAACCUUUUAAUUAGAAGUAUAAAGGGAGGCAUGAUUCAUGAAUACUUUUGUUUCUAGUCACUAUAGAUACUGCAGUAACCUGAUUAAGAUCCUUAGUGGAAAAUAAUACGGUAUAGUAAUUUGCUAGCUUGGAGAUUUUAUCAGAGGCAAACAAAAAUGGGAUCUUUAAUACUUCUACUUUUUUAAAGAGUGAACAUUAAAAGUUAAUUUUUUUUUUUAACCCAAUAGCAGCAAGCACACCUAGGAUCUAGAUCUUGGUUUCUAAUACCAUUCUUCAAUAAAAAAAAGAAAGCAAGGCUCCUUGGGAAAAUGGCAGAUUUUAGGACUGGAGCAGGAAGUAUACAAGGUGAGCCUAGAACACCUUGUAGUGCCAGAACGUAAAGAAGGGCUGAAACUCCUUCACAUAUUCACAAGUUCAUAUUAAUAUAAAUAAUUGAAUACAUGGAAUGGGUGAAAAGCCUGUGCGGGAGAGUUCCAAAUAAUUGUAGAUAGUCCACUCUUAAGGAAGUGGAGCAUAACUCCUCAAGUAUAGGCUGUGUAUAGUGACUUCAGAAGAGUACAGUGGAAAGGAGAUAGAGUAACUUCACAGUGGAGAAUCCUGACAAAAUACUACCUCGGCCAGGUGAUCAAGGUUCAUGGCAACAGCGAUAAGUCAUGUUGAUAGCAUGUACCAUUGAUAUGAUGAGAAUAGUACUUCACCUCUGAUACUUUCCCCACAAACACACAACGCCAGUCUAGUCAUGAGAAAUACCAGCAAAUCUCAAUUGAGGGACAUUCUACGAAAUAUUGUCAAGGUCAUCAAAAUCAAGGGAAGUCUGAGAAACUGAGACAGCCAAGAGGAGCCUGAGGAGACUUGAUGACUAAGUGUAAUGUGUUAUCCUAGAUAGGAUCCUGAGCAGAAGAAGGCAUGAGGGGAAAGGUGAGGAAAUACGAACAAAGUCUGAAUUUUAGUCAAUAAUGUGUUAAUACUGGUUCAUUAACUGUGACAAGAGGAGACCUUGUGCCACGAGGGUUUAAUGCUGUACUG